AUGUCGACGGGGAACAGUCUCCUGUAUCAUUUAUGGGGAAUUCAGGUACUGGACCAUAGCGUGUUCCGUAUGGUGGGGAACAGUGGUGCGGUAAGCUAUGGAAUCUAUGUCUACGACUCAUGGGAUGUUCAGCAGUCAAGCUGGGUGGACUGGCGCGACAAUAACGUUCAACAGGGUGCAUUUGUUUAUUACAGUUCCUUCUACACAAAAGUGAAUAUUGACAACAGCAGUGUGGUGACGCUGACGGGCUGGAACAUGGCUAGCACGGGGUUGAGCCGUAGCCUACUAAGAGAUGUUGAAAGCGGCUACAAGUUUGUUGCUGGGUGCUUGACGAUUGCAGGGCAGCUGGUAACGUCCCAGGCAGAUCUGGAGAGNCCGGACAUCCCUGUCAUGCCCGUUCCGGAAAAACCUGUGGACAACGACACGAGUUGUGUAGAGUACCAGACGCUGACGACGCUCUCGCUGAACAUGUGGAAGACGCACCACUGCUACGUGGGUGUUACGUUCAGUGGUACCGGAGCAACGGCAACAUUUCAGUUUACACGAAUGCCGCUGCAGUACCCCAUCAACAUCACUUUCUCUGGAUGCACAUUCCGUGGAGGGUCCUCACUGCAAUUUCUGGGCGGAGGUGGUGUGAUUGAAUCUGCUGGUGUACGGAUCCGUGUGAACAACACUGUGAUGGAGUCGUCUGUUGUGGUAUUCACCAAUACCCUUCCGCAGGGUUCUGAUAUUGCCAUCACAGAGGUUGAUGCUGUACAGUCUUCUUCGGUCUCUGUACCUGGGUCUGGUACCAAUGUAUUAGGCGUUGUGGCGAUGUGGAAUUUUGUUUUAUCCACUUCUUCUUCUUUGCUGAUCAGCAACGUGAAGGCCCGUGUUUCUUCCACCUCCAGUACCGGGUACGGUGUAUACUCAUCUGGGACACUGACAGUGUCGAGUGGCAGUUCGUUCUACGUGCGGUACUGUCGCUUUGAGGGGUAUACGAACCUAGUGUACCUGUAUAAGACUAUCAUCAGCGACCACUCUGUGUUUGCAUUGCUUAACAGCACGAUGUCGACGGGGAACAGUCUCCUGUAUCAUUUAUGGGGAAUUCAGGUACUGGACCAUAGCGUGCUCCGUAUGGUGGGGAACAGUGGUGCGGUAAGCUAUGGAAUCUAUGUCUACGACUCAUGGGAUGUUCAGCAGUCAAGCUGGGUGGACUGGCGCGACAAUAACGUUCAACAGGGUGCAUUUGUUUAUUACAGUUCCUUCUACACAAAAGUGAAUAUUGACAACAGCAGUGUGGUGACGCUGACGGGCUGGAACAUGGCUCGCACGGGGUUGAGCCGUAGCCUACUAAGCGAUGUUGAAAGCGGCUACAAGUUUGUUGCUGGGUGCUUGACGAUUGCAGGGCAGCUGGUAACGUCCCAGGCAGAUCUGGAGAGUAACUCCAUCACCAAUAUGACGAGAAUUGCGGAGUGCGGUGUUUGCGCGAAGGACAGUGACUGCUUUGACCCGCUAACGACAGCGAUCAGCGGCUGCGGGUGCGAGUGUGCUGCCACCGGGCACGGCGAUGUGUGUGUUCCGGCGCCUGUGCCCGUCGGCCCGCCACCACCGCCGCCACCACCACCACCGCCCUCACCGCCACCACCGCCUGCGGUCGGUGAGUGCAUCAACAACACAGACUACCCGGAGGUGGCGCAGACAGUGGGCAAUGGCCUGUCCUGGCUGUGUUACCGCAACGUGACGUUCAGUGGGCCCCAAAUGAUACUCACAGUGAAUGUCCAGGCGAUGACCGGCGAUGCGGUGAAUAUCACGUUCGACGGAUGCACAUGGAGUAACGGUGCCAUCCUGCUGCUGAUGAGCACCGUGGGAACCACUGUGGGUUCGCUCAACAUUGUCAUCACUGGUAACACGUUUGACGACGCGUUGCUGAGCCCGGAUGGCACGUUCCCCACACAUACAAAUCUUACCAUCAGCAAAAACCGCUUCAGCAUCACGAGACUUGUCAGACGUCCUGGUUUGAAUAUUUACUACCCAUCAUGUAUCUUGAUGAACAGACUGACGGUGACCGACCACUCUGCGGUUACGAUUGAGGGAAACACGUUCGAAAACUCUGCUUCGUACGCACGCAUAAUAUGUUCCAUUAAUGAUGCCCUCGUGGUGUCGUCGCACUCUCUGUUUGCGAUGCUGGACAAUACGUUUGUUGCGCGUGGGUUGAGCAGUACACCGUUGUUUCUGACGGGUACGAGCUCAGCUUCCUCUUUGCGCGUGCUGAACGACUCUGCAGUGGUGUUGGAAGGCAAUGCUGUCCCGAGAGCAGUGUUGGAUUUCGUUAUGAUAUACUGGAAUAUGCGUGUGGAGUCCCGGUCCGCAUUUACCGUGCGAGGCAACAGCGCACAGGUUUCGACCAGUUUUUUCCAUCAGGAUGACGUCACCUACCUGUACAACGACUCGUGGCUGCUGUUGCGCGGGAACCUCUGUCGUGGGCAGCCCUGGGGUGGAUUUGCCUAUUUCUCCUCCCGGAUAAAUCUCCGAUACUCCACAAUUGCUGUGUCGAGCAACAGUCUCGUGUCCAGCUCCAGCUCACUCAAUGUUUUGAGAUUGUCGACUUCAGUGCAGGAGAAUGACAACGGGACGAUGGUGGUUUCCUGUAACCAGUUGAAUGGGCAGGAGGUGACAAGCUACAACAUUCCGCCUGCAUACAACGCCACGAUCCUGAGUUGCAGCGACCCGUGUAGUGCGGCGGCGUCGUGCUUCGCUGUCUACACUGCAGCAGUCUCGAGUGACGUCUGCGCCUGCACGUGUCGGGAUGACGGUCACGGCGAUCUGUGCCUGCCCGUCGAUGUUCCCAAGCUGCCGGGCGGCGACGAUGUGGACCCGUGCGUGCGUGAUGUGACGGUGGAAGGGGACACGGGCGCGGGCUUCGGGAGUCCGGUGGUGUGCUACGUGGGUGUGACCUUCACCACGGACGUCGUUGUAGACGUGAGUGCAAUGUCGGGUAACGUGCGCAACGUGACGUUCAUGAACUGCACGAUGGUUGGCAGCGCAAGCCUGUACGUUGUGGGGUGGGUGUCCAACCCGCCUGCUGGUCAGCGUGUGGAGGUGUGGAUCAGUGGGCUUGUUUCGCGCUCUGGCGGCGGGGUGCUGCUGGCGAACAGGUUCCCGCAAGGUUCGCGUGUCACCGUGGUGGACUCGGUGCUGGUCGCUGAGACGGCUGUUACGUACCGCAGCGGCUACGACCUUGGGGGCGCGUCGGCGUGCCUUGUGUUGUACAAUGUGAGUCUGGCUGGUACUGUGCUGACAGUUGCGCGCACGCAGGUGGUUGCAGUAUUCGGUGACGCGCGCGGUGUGCUUGUGGCCGGUGGCCUGGCGCUGUCGUCCGGUGGUGCGCUGUACAUGGAGCAGCUGUUUGUGCAGACGGCACUGGGGAUGUGCGUGUCGAUGGAGGGCGACGUGACGGCAGGCGGUGGCUCGGUGCUCGCGUUUGUCGACAGUGACUUCUUGCUAUGCAAGUACGCGGUGUCUGUGCGUGGGACCUUUGAUGUGGCCGGCUCUGUUGUGGCGUUUGUGCGGAGCGACUUUGCGUCGACGCAGGACUACGCCGUUGCGUUUAAUUCAACGGUGAGUCUCACUGAGGGAUCGAUGCUGCUGAUGAAAGCUAACACGCACGACAACAGUGAGAAGGAGAUGAUGUACGCUGCUGGUACCGUG